AAGAACGAGAACGACCCAUUAGAUCGACCCGACUUAAGCGACAGAGAACUACAGAAGAUUUGUCCCAAGAAAUUUAUCCUGACCUACAAGAAGCACCAAAAGCUCCUGCAACUGGCGAAGGAAGAUUGUGGGACGUGGAUGGUGAAGGAUCUGAAAGCAGUGAUGUUUGUUUGGAGGAUGGGAUAAACGAGAUUUAUAAUUUUUAUUUUGAUAACGUCAAGGAAGUUGCGCCGGAGAUUGAUAUCGGGAAACUUGAAGAGAAAGACUGA